AUGGGGGUGAAGCGGAGUCUUCAGAGCGGGGGUACAGUGCUCAGCGUCUUAGCCAACGUCCUCAUAGUCCUCUCCACCGCCACCAACUACUGGUCCCGCAACUCGGAGGGCCACAGCGGCUUGUGGCAGGAGUGCAAACUGGGCGUGUGCAACAGCAUACCCUGCGAGACCAUGCUGGCGAUGACGGGGGCAUGCAUGGUGCUGGCGGCGGGCUCUGGCUUCGUGGGCAUGUCGAUGGGGCUGUGCAUCCUAUGCCACCGUGGCGACUCCCAGCGGGGCCGCGCGACCAGCAUCACCUUCUUCCUCAGCGGGUUGCUGCUGCUGAUCGCACUGAUAGGCUACUCGGUGAAGAAUGCGUGGAAGUCGGACCUCUUCUUCUCCUGGUCCUAUUUCUCGGGGUGGCUGGCUUUACCUUUUUCUAUUCUCACGGGCUUCUGCUUCCUGCUGGCAGACAUGAUCGUGCAGGGUACUGACGCCAUCAGCGGGUUCCCCGUGUGCCUGUGACCGCGGCUGCCUGGGGCACAAUAAAGGAACUUCUCCUUCCA